GGUUUGUGAUGUUACAUAUAGCAAUACAGCUGUGCAACAAAAUGUUUCUGCCAUUGUUCCAGGCUCAUGCUGUGAACUUAGUACACUCGUACUAACUCGUUCUAGCCAAUCAACCUUCCAAUCUCAACAAUGCCUGCUCAUCUCAUCGCUGCUGACCUUGGUGACAUUUCCUGGGAUAGACGAGGCAGCGGACUUGAGUCACUUUCUGCGGGCCAUCUUUUGGAUCCGGUCAUGCAAGGCGACGAAGACUUUGUCCAGACUGAAGACUUGCUACUUGACGACGCGUUGUGGGGAAUUGACGGAUACCAUCUAGCCCUCUCGACUCCAAACUUAUUAUUGUCCGACUCCUCUAGCGCAGGUCCGUUGCCGUUGGAUCCAACGAUGAUCCAUAUAGGAACUUGUGACUCUGGCCUGUUCACCCUCAGUCCAAGCAUUCCGAUAAGACCCGAGUCUUCCGAGUCCGGAUGGUUCAGCAUGGAUCCAGACAAAGGUCUCAGUCAAGAAUAUGGAACGAAGGGUCCAAUAGCCACUACCGUUAGUUUGCAGACAGACAGCUUAGAAGAUGUCCCAAAGGCCUCUUCUCCAGCAGUAAAAAUGCGUUCAGCUUCUCGUAAGCCCAAGACGUUGCGAGGAAAACCAUCGAUACCGGCCAAUAUCCAACUAGCUCGCGAGUCACUCAACAACGUGGAAAGGGAUUACCGCACACGGCUCAAGGUCCGUUUCGAAAAAUUGCUCAGGGCAGUUCAGGAAUCUAUGUUCAAGAAUGAAACUACAGACGAAGAUGGCUCGGUGAGAGAUGAUUACCGUUUCAGCAGAGGUGAGGUGUUGGAUGCUGCGAGACAGCGCAUUCUGGCAUUGGAAGAAGAAAAGAGGAGAUUGACAACUCGGGUGGAAAUACUGAACCACAAUCUGAUGGUCAACAGAAGGAGGCAAACCAUGGCCAAGAUGUAAUAUUUAAGAGGAGGAGGUUGGGGGGGCGGCAUGUUAUAUAAUAAGACUGAGCAUCUGGAGUUAAGCCGUGACACAUUAACAAGGCACACCUGAGGGUUAUAAUAAAUGUAAUGUUAUAUUAUCUUCAAAUUAGAAGAAAAUCUUGGCAAUA